AUGAUUGCUAGAACCUCACUUGUGAACUUCGGCGUUCUUGUCAUUGAUGCCCCUGAUGGUGACUUUGAGGCUGGUUUUGCUCAUGAUGGUCAGACCUGUGAACAUGAAAAUCUAGCCAAUGCUCUUGUUAUGAAGCAGAUGAUCUGCUAUAUCAACAAAACACUUCUACUAUUUAUGUAUGCCACCACCUCCAACUACUCCAAGAAAUGGUAUAACACAAUUGUGGAGUAUGUGCAGUCCUUCCUGCUGAAGAUUGGCUUUGACCUAGCAUUUGUGCCCAUAUGGGGCUUGUACAGAGAUAAUUUGACCAUGAGGGAAUCUGCCAACGCAGAGAAGGUCAAAGAGGCGCACAAGAGGGUAAUGGUCGCCAACCAUCCGGAUGCGGGUGGAAGUCAUUACCUUGCUUCAAAGAUUAACGAGGCGAAGGAUGUGUUGACUGGGAAAACCAGAGGAGGCGGGUCGGCCUUUUGA